AUGUGUGGUAUUUCCGCCAUCUUGCUGGGCGAUCCCGAAGCCACCUCCGCCGUCACCGACCUUCACGAGUCCCUCUACUACCUCCAACAUCGCGGACAAGAUGCAGCUGGUAUCGCCGUAUGCCAGGGCGGAAGGGUGUCCCAGUGCAAGGGCGUAGGCAUGGCGAGCAAAGUGUUUGACGAGGGCAAGCGCGCGACAACGGAGACGAUGCCCGGAUACAUGGGAAUCUCCCACCUGAGGUAUCCCACGGCGGGCACGCAAUCUGCGUCGGAAGCGCAGCCCUUCUUUGUCAACUCCCCCUUCGGUCUGUCGAUGAGCGUCAACGGAAACCUCGUCAACGCUCCGGAGCUCGUCAAAUUCCUCGAUAACGAGGCUCGUCGCCACGUGAACACCGACUCAGACUCGGAACUGCUACUCAACAUCUUCGCCUAUGCCCUCAAUGAACUCGGCAAGACGCGCGCCAGCGUGGCCGAUGUCUUUACCGCCCUCCGCGAGGUCUACGCCAGGUGCCAGGGUGCCUUUGCCUGCACUGCCAUGAUUGCAGGCUUCGGCAUUCUCGGCUUCCGUGACGAGAACGGCAUCCGACCCCUGUGCCUCGGGUCGCGACCUUCGGAGACUCUCGAGGGCGCCACUGAUUAUUUCCUCGCCUCGGAAUCGAUCGCCCUGACGCAACUUGGGUUCAAGAACAUUGUCGAUAUCCUGCCCGGCCAGGCUGUCUUCAUCAAGAAGGGCGGCGUUCCCGAGUUCUGCCAGGUUGUGGAGAUGAAGUCCUACACGCCCGACCUGUUUGAAUACCUGUACCUGUCCAGGGCAGACGUCGACAUGGACGGCAUUUCCGUCCACCGCAGUCGCCAGAACAUGGGACUGAAGCUUGCCGACAGGAUGAGGAGCGUCAUGGGCGAGAAGGGCAUCGAUGAGAUUGAUGUUGUCAUUCCUAUUCCAGAAGUGAGGAUGCCUCGCCCCCGGUUACGAGUCACAAUUCGUCAUACAAGCAACACGGCUGCCGCCAGCCUCGCCACCGAGCUACGAAAGCCGCUUUCAAACGCCUUCGUCAAGAACAGAUACGUUUACCGUACAUUUAUUGUUCCCGGCCAGAAGGCCCGCCAGAAGAGUGUACGCCGCAAGCUCUCGCCCAUUGCCUCGGAAUUCAAAGGCAAGGUUGUUUGCCUCGUCGACGACAGUAUAGUCCGAGGAACGACCUCGCGCGAGAUUCACGGUAUUGACCUGGCCGACCCAAGGCAACUCCUCGCCCACGAGAGGACGCUGGAGGAGAUGACGGAACUCAUCCAGUGCGACACGCUCGUGUUCCAGACGCUCGAGGACCUCAAGGCGGCGUGCCUCGAAGCUGCCGACGAGAAGAGCCAGGUGCGCGACUUUGAGGUCGGCGUCUUCUGCGGCCACUACAAGAGCCCGCUGCCGGACGACUACCUCGAGCGCUCGGCUCGCUGGUACGAGAGCAAGUCCAAGAAGAGGAAGAGCACGGCCAUGACGAAAGACGGCGUCGAGGGCGGCGCUUUCGUUGUCGCGAGCAGCGGCCCUGUCAACACGCCGAUACCACCAGAGCACUCCGAGGAUAUCAGCAUCCAUAACCUAGCAAGGCCUUAG